AUGCUCGUGUCUCGUGUGGAAGUCGCCCAGCUACCAGAGGUCGGGUGCUUCACCCCCGGGCGCUGGGGCCCUGUGCUUUCCCUCCACGGAGCCCAGCGCUGGAGCGACCUGGCAGGCGAGGGCCUGCCCGCGCGCCUUGGCGAUGACCAACCGUCUUCAGCCUUGGCCGCCUUUGCUGUUGGCCGAGCCAUGUUCCUCCUGCUUGUUCUGCUCGCUGAGCUUGCAAGGCUGCAGGUCCACCCCGAAUUUAUAUAUUUGCCUUUCUAUACUGUUUUUCAGAUGCCUUGUCAUUAUCAAGGAUAUGUUGUAGAAUUUCCAAAUUCAUCUGUGACACUCAGUAUAUGUUCAGGUCUCAGGGGAUUUCUUCAGCUUGAAAAUAUCAGCUAUGGAAUUGAACCACUGGAAUCCUCAGCAAGAUUUGAGCAUAUAAUUUAUCAAGUGAAAAAUGACAAACUAAAUGUAUCGAUGUUAGCAGAAAAUUACACUCGUAUUUGGCAGAAAGACAAGCCUUCUAAAGUUCAUUUAAGCCCACAGAAACAGUUUUUUUCAAAACUAUUACCCCGAUAUCUAGAAGUGCACAUUAUAGUGGAGAAAGCUUUGUAUGAUUAUAUGGGAUCUGAAAUGAUGGCUGUAACUCACAAAAUUAUCCAGAUUUUUGGGCUUGUCAACACUAUGUUUACCCAGUUCAAGUUGACUGUUAUACUGUCCUCCUUGGAAUUGUGGUCAGAUAAAAACAAAAUUUCCACCACCGGGAAUGCUAAUGACAUAUUACAAAGAUUCUUGGCCUGGAAACGGGACUAUCUCAUCCUACGGCCCCAUGACAUAGCAUACUUACUUAU